UCGCGGCCCUAACAAAAGACCCAAGCGCGCCUCGGCGAGGGUGGGGGUUGCAUUUUGGGGCGGCACGGAGAGGCCGAGCCUCCCGUCCAAUGGGCGGCGGAGGAGGCCUCCGCAACGGGCCAAUCAGGGCGGUGCGGAGAUGGUGACCAAUGAGCAGACGCCGCUGCCGGCUUUAUAAACUUCACAUAGGCAUUUUGAGGCUAUACUCCGACUGUGAAAGAAGGAAGCUAGCUAGCGCCAUGGCCAGAACCAAGCAAACCGCUCGCAAAUCCACCGGUGGCAAAGCACCCAGGAAGCAGCUCGCCACCAAGGCUGCGCGCAAGAGCGCCCCGGCCACCGGCGGCGUGAAGAAGCCUCACCGUUACAGGCCCGGCACCGUGGCUCUUAGAGAGAUCCGUCGUUACCAGAAGUCCACUGAGCUGCUGAUCCGCAAACUGCCUUUCCAGCGCCUGGUGCGAGAAAUUGCCCAGGACUUUAAGACCGACCUGCGCUUCCAGAGUUCCGCAGUGAUGGCCCUGCAGGAGGCAAGCGAGGCUUACCUGGUCGGCCUGUUCGAGGACACCAACCUGUGCGCCAUCCACGCCAAGAGGGUGACCAUCAUGCCCAAGGACAUCCAGCUGGCCCGUCGUAUUCGCGGAGAGCGCGCAUAAACGAUGACCUGAUCUCCAAAA